GGAAGAAGUUUCAGGGGCAUCUCUUGUUCUUUCCAUUAAUAUGCUUUGGGUUUUGAUUAUCAUUUAACUUGAACAGGUAAGGACAUUUGUAGUAGGUGAAAGCGUGGCGGGCGCAACAGGCUUUAAAAAGAAACGACAGAGAAUGUUGCAAAAUUUAAUUAAGAUAGUCCCCACAAGGUCUAGCAGAAAAUCUCAGAGAGACUUUCCGUCCCAAUGGCAACACUUAUCCACGCAAUUCCACUGAAAAAGCAAUUUCUAAAGAAGAAACCACCGUUGAUAUUGAAGGCGAUCCCCAUGAAGCAGCUUCAUCAUUACUAUCAUCAGUACAUGAAAGGGACGAGUCAACCAAAAAAGAAGUUGCAGCCAUCAGGAUCCAAGCUGUUUUCAGGGCACAUCGUGUACGUUUUAUCCAACCCAACUGCAUUUUCUUUUGCCAUAUUUUCCUUAAUGAUUUGUUUGACACGUUGAAGAUAAAUAACUUCAAAUCUGUCUAGAAAGUAGAAAGAAGGAAGAACACACUAAGGACAAAGAUCUUAUUAAUGGAUUAGGAUUAUUUAUAUAACCUGGUACUGUGGGAUGAUUUAAACUCGAACAGGUAAGACAGACAUUUCUAGCAAGCGAGAGCAAGGCAUCGAGCUCCGAGAGGAAAAGAAUGGGAAUGUCCCAAUAUUGCUGCAGCAGUACACUCCAGAGAAGCUUUUGCAGCUCUCAUAGAGAGAUCAUUUCUGCCAAUAACAGCACUUGUCCAAGCAGCUCUUGUACCAAAGAAGCAAUUGUUAAAGGAGAAAUGGCCAUCAAUGUCAAAGGACCAAUUAAUGGUGCAGUUUCAUCAACACCAUUACAAAAUAAAGAUCAAACCCAAGAAGAUGUUGGUGCCAUAAAGAUCCAAGCAAUUUUCCGAGGCCAUCGUGCAAGACGAGCAAGCUCCAGCAGGAAGGAAAACGGUCGCAGAACAAUGCGAAUGUCCCAAAAUUUGUUAAACAGAGUCCGUAGAAAGUUCCGCAGAACAUCACAUAGGGGUAUCAUCGAUACAAUUACAACUGAGGAAACAGCAGCAAUCUUCGAAAACGCCAUUGGUGGAGCUUCAUCGAUACCGUCAAUAUCCAGAAAGAAAGAUCUAACCAAAGAUGAUAUUGCAGCCAUCAAGAUCCAAGCAUUUUUCAGGGGACAUCUUGUACUAACAAUAUAUUUAACCUAUUACAUUUACAAGCUAAUUAAAUAUUGGAUCUAGUUAAUUAAGGUGGUGACUUUUUUCCUUUUCAAAAUUGGACAGGCAAGAAGGGCAUUCCUAGCACUUAGGAGCCUGGUGAAGUUGCAAGCAGUGGUUUGCGGGGUGUGUGUCCGGCGGCAGGCACGUGUAGCCCUCCAUUGCAUGCAUGCACUUGCCCGAUUGCAGGUCAGUGUUCGUGCAAGGCAGCUCCUCAACGGUGAUCAGGAGCUAUCGUGAUUACUAAUUAGUUAUAGUACCAUAGGCCAUUUUGUCACAUUCUAUUUUUAUAUUUCACAGAAAAAUAACUCAAAUAGAUAAUAUUUUCUACUUGGAUAUGUAUCGAUUGUAGUAGAAUUAAUACUGGCUAAACAAUGUAAACAAUUAGAAAUUUCAGGGACAAAGUGCAAUUAAUUUUCCAUUA